AUCUUUUCCCUCUAAUUUCUCUUCUCCUUAAACGAGCUCUCAUGUUUAAUUACUCAAAAAAAUCGUAGUUUGGAUGCUUCAUAUUGCUUAGAAGUUGCCCAUUUGAGAAGUAGCAACAAGAUAGGAUUCUGGGUUCCUACGGCGCAAGUAUGCUAAAUUUUGAAGAAUAUGUGAAGGAGUUAUUAUUUCAUUGGAUUGGAGCUUAUAGCUUGAGUGUCAAGGCUAUACACUCGAGACCAUAAAAAUUAUGACUUAUUUGGGAGCAGAAGAGCACCAGGCGAUCAAGACUUCAGGAAAGCGUGGGCUGAGGAAAUGGAUGAUGAUGACUGCCUCUGGACAGGAAGCGACGAAGAUGACACUGAAGAAAAUGCAAAACAUGAGAGGAAUUUAAAGAAGGAGAUGAAAAAAGUGCAAAAGCAAGCAAAGGAAAAUUCUGAACUCAUCGAUGCAGAUGACAGUGAUGAGUUAAGAAGCCUGUGCUCAGAAAGUGAUGAAGAGGUAACUCUCUGGAGCGGUAGUGAAUGUGAUGAUGACGAUGAUAUUCCUACAGAACCCCAUCCAAAUGAGCGAAGUGAUCCGCAUAUAGAUAAAUUAUUUGAGUUUGAGGAGACGCCAAAGUUUCGAACCCUUGCAGAGAUGUUGAAAGCUGAGAAGGAACCUCCAGAGUUAUCACCGGGAAAACAAGCUAGAAAACUUGCAGUGGAGAACGCAUUGAAGAAAUUGAAAAAAGGGCCAGAUGGACGAUAUAUAAAUGUAUGGGAGGUCAUGAGUGAUAUAGAUAUACUUAUUGGAGCUUUUGAGAAUAUUGUUUCGGGUCCUGAGUAUGCAGAACUGAGAGAGGGUGGGCCUAAGAAGCUAAAUAUGCAGUUCUUUAAGGAUAUACAGGCAAGAAUGAGGGAUCCAAACUUUAAGUUUUCUCCGGAACUGAAGCUAAAGCCUAAAAGCAAGUUAGUUCCAAGAAAGAAAUGGCAGAAGGCUCAAGCUCGAAGGAGGAAAAAUGAGAGGAGGUAAAUAAUGCUUAUUUCCUGCUAAAUAGUAAGGGAUAUAGAUCGGUUUCUGGCAGCGAUACAGUUGUGAACUCUGCCAUGUGCAAUAUGACAUUAGAAGGGGGAACAUAGAUAAGUUGGGUGGAAGAGAACGUAAACGUCUACUUACGUACAUGUUAGUUUUAUACCUCGACCCCGGUGAUUAUUUACUUUCUAAUACAUAUAACAUGCUUUUGGUGUUCUUCCAUUUACCUAUUAAGUGCAUGAAAAUGAUAAUGCAAGGUAACUUCUGUAGGAUCUGUAUUUGAGUAUUUGCAUUAAUAGGGAUGACCUCUAGUCCUUCCUUGAACUA